GCAGCAUCUUCAUGCAUAAAACAUGGCUCAGGGGGCCCGGCCAGGCGCAGGCCCGUGGCCUGGCGCUGCAGCUGCCUUGGGGCCAGCGCGGAGUUAAGGGGAGGGAAGGAAAAGCAACUCACAAGAUAAAAGAAGUUGCCAGAAGCCUCAGACACUAAAAAGAGAAGAGAGUUUGUGGGUUUGUUGUGUCUUUUUUUUUUUUUUUUUUUUUAUCUUCCUCCUCCUGGACUCGUGUUCCGAAUCGCUGCGCGCCGUUCGCCCCCUGCCAUGCGCAGGUUUUAGAGAGGUGGCCUUGGGACCAUGGUGCUACCUUCUCGACUACACUGGAUCCGAAGCAGGCCCUGGAGGGACCGCAUCCGGAGGCGGCAGCUCAACCGACUACCAGCCAGACUCCCAGAAAUCAUGUUGGUAGGAUCCCAGUCCUUCUCGCCUGGGGGGCCCAAUGGGAUCAUCAGAAGUCAGUCCUUUGCAGGGUUCAGCGGCCUUCAGGAGAGGCGAUCCAGAUGUAACUCCUUCAUUGAAAAUCCCUCUGCUCUCAAGAAGCCUCAGGCCAAGCUGAAGAAAAUGCACAAUUUGGGACACAAAAGCAACAGCCUUCCCAAAGAGCCUCAGCCUCAGAGGGUGGAAGAGGUCAUCAGAGCCUUGAAAAAUGGACUCGAUGAAUAUCUGGAGGUUCACCAGACAGAGUUGGACAAGCUGACAGCUCAGUUAAAAGAUAUGAGAAGAAACUCUCGCCUGGGUGUGCUGUAUGACCUAGACAAGCAAAUUAAAACAAUUGAAAGAUACAUGAGACGCCUGGAGUUUCACAUUAGUAAGGUAGAUGAACUCUAUGAAGCAUAUUGUAUCCAAAGACGCCUCCAAGAUGGUGCCAGCAAAAUGAAGCAGGCCUUCGCAGCCUCGCCCACCAGCAGAGCUGCCCGGGAGAGCCUGUCAGAGAUCAGCCGCAGCUACAGGGAGUACACGGAGAAUAUGUGCACCAUUGAAGCAGAGCUGGAGAAUCUGCUGGGGGAGUUCUCCAUCAAGAUGAAAGGUCUGGCUGGAUUUGCUCGCCUCUGUCCUGGAGAUCAGUAUGAAAUCUUCAUGAAGUACGGCCGACAAAGGUGGAAACUAAAAGGCAAGAUAGAAGCCAACGGCAAGCAGAGCUGGGAUGGGGAAGAGGUGGUGUUCCUGCCCCUGAUCGUCGGAUUCAUCUCCAUCAAGGUCACAGAACUCAAAGGGCUGGCAACUCACCUCCUGGUUGGCAGCGUGACCUGUGAGACCAAAGAGCUGUUCGCCGCCCGACCUCAGGUGAUGGCAGUCGACAUCAAUGACCUUGGCACCAUCAAGCUGAGCCUGGAGAUCACCUGGUACCCAUUUGACGUGGAGGACGUGACGCCGUCCUCGGGCACCGGGAACAAGGCGGCAGCCCUCCAGAGGAGGAUGUCCAUGUACAGCCAGGGCACCCCGGAGACGCCCACUUUGAAGGAUCACUCUUUCUUUUCUAAUCUACCUGAUGACGUCUUUGAACAUGGAAAGGCAGCUGAGGAGAAGACACCCCUGUGUCUCAGCUUCAGUGACCUACCCAACGGGGACUGUGCCCUCACCCCUGACCCAGCUGGCUCUCUGGCCAACACAUGCUCCACAAAUCCAGAAAUUACCAUCACCCCUGCAGAGCUGAACCACAGCAGCCUCUGCUCCCCGAAUGAGGGCACGGAUGACUCUAGCUCAGCAUCUUCCAGGAACUCCUCCAGAGAAGGCCGAGAGUCACAGCCCCACCCGGAGGAGGACACUGAUGGGCCUGGGAACCCUGAGACGCGCCGAGCGUCUGCCGGUGCUGCCACCAAGCACCUGUUCCUGGAGAAGGAUGUGGCCGAGGCGCUCCUGCAGGAGUCUGAUGAGGCCUCUGAGCUCAAGCCUGUGGAACUGGACACUUUCGAAGGAAACAUCACAAAGCAGCUGGUCAAGAGGCUCACCACGGCGGAGGUGCCAGUGGCCACGGAGAGGCAGCUCUUUGAGGGCUCUGUCAGUGGAGAAUCCGAAGGCUGUAGAUCCUUCCUAGAUGGAAGCUUAGAGGAUGCAUUUAGUGGGCUUUUCCUUGCAUUAGAGCCACAUAAAGAGCAGUACAAAGUGUUUCAGGAUCUGAACCAAGAAAUCAUGCAUUUGGAUGAUAUUCUAAAAUGCAAACCAGCCGGAGGCCACAGCCGGUCUUCCAGUUUAAGUCUUACAGUUGAAAGUGCUUUAGAAAGCUUUGAUUUCCUGAACACCUCCGAUUUUGACGAGGAGGAGGAGGAGGAUGGUGAUGAGGUUUGUAAUGUUGGAGGAGGCGCUGACUCUGUAUUUUCAGACACUGAGACUGAGAAAAAUAGCGCUUACAGAGCAGUGCACCCGGAAGCCAGGGGCCACCUCAGCGAAGCGCUGACAGAAGACACGGGAGUGGGGACCAGUGUGGCCGGAAGCCCCCUGCCGCUGACCACAGGAAACGAAAGCCUGGACAUCACCAUCGUCAGGCACCUUCAGUACUGCACCCAGCUCGUGCAGCAAAUUGUUUUCUCAAGCAAAACCCCAUUCAUGGUGAGCAAUCUCUUGGAGAAGCUUUCUAGGCAAAUCCAGGUGAUGGAGAAACUGUCAGCUGUCAGCGAUGAGAACAUAGGGAACAUCAGUUCUGUCAUUGAAGCCAUCCCAGAGUUUCACAAAAAGUUGUCUUUGCUGUCAUUCUGGACCAAGUGCUGCAGCCCAGUCGGUGUCUAUCACAGCUCCGCUGACAGAGUGAUGAAGCAGCUCGAAGCCAGCUUUGCCAGAACCGUCAACAGAGAAUAUCCAGGACUUGCAGACCCAGUGUUCCGAACCCUGGUGUCCCAAAUCCUGGACCGGCCUGAGCCUCUGCUACCUUCCAGCCUCUCUUUGGAAGUCAUCACUGUCUUCCAGUAUUAUAGUUACUUUACCAGCCACGGUGUGAGCGACCUGGAGAGUUAUGUGAGCCAGCUGGCCAAGCAAGUUUCCUUGAUUCAGACUCUGCAAUCACUGAGAGAUGAGAAACUGCUUCAGGCCAUGAGUGACCUUGCACCUAGCAGCCUCCCGGCCCAGCAGGAAGUACUCAGGACCUUGGCUCUGCUGCUCACUGGGGAUGACAGCGAAGUGAGCCAGGCUGUGAUGCUUUACCUGGACGCAGCCUCCAGAAACGAGCAUUUCAGGGAAAAGGCCCUGCUCUAUUACUGUGAAGUGCUGACAAAGGCAAACCUCCAACUCCAGAAGGCAGCUUGUCUGGCUCUGAAAAGCCUGCAGGCCACUGAAAGCAUUAAAAUGCUGGUGACGUUGUGUCAGUCCGACACUGAAGAAAUCAGAAACGUGGCCUCGGAGACCCUCUUGUCUCUCGGAGAAGACGGGAGGCUGGCGUAUGAACAGCUGGACAAGUUUCCUCGAGACUGUGUUCACGUUGGAGGACGUCAUGGAACUGAAGUUGCUACAGCCUUUUAAUGAACUCUCCCUAAGGUUGUCUUAAUAAAUGGCCCUGUUCAUCGAGAUGGUGCUGGGAUUGAGCUGGAAUGCUUAAAACUUGAAGAGUUCCAUUGAGGUUGUCCGGAAAUGUAACAUGGUAUAGAUAGGAUAUCUAUUCUUCCUUUGGCCAUUAGAAUAGGACUACCUAUUACUCUGUAGAUUACACUGUCACUUGCGUCUGACAAUACUUAGUAAAAGAGUCCAUCUUAUCUCAUAUGUAUGGAAUUUUAAAAUAGCCAUCUUUGUACUUUUUUGAAAGUUCUUCUCUAAGCCUAAAAUAGUCACGUGAUACUUUGACGACUAUUAUACACCUUGCAGUUUUUCUCUAUCGUGUUCUCAGGGUUGAGUGGCCCCAUUUAACUACCUAAUUUUACCUUCAUGCAAAGCACAAAAAAAAGAAUUUCUUCAAAUAAAAGUUUGCCUGCAGAACUUGGUAAAGUGACACAUUGUGAGAGUUUAGUUUAUCUUUUAAUGUCAUUUUUUUUUCAAGCCUCCGCGACUUCCUUUGUUUCUUUUCUCCAUCCUGGAAAUUUCAGAAGCAUGUUUCCAUGAGGGUUAAAAGACAGGUAAAUGACUGAGAACUACCUUUUUAAGACUAUAGCCCUAAAAAAAAAAAAAAAAAAAAAAUAUUCAAAAUUUAAACUUUUUUUAAACAAGAGCCAUUUUUCUUAUGAUACUUUUACAAUAGAGGUAUUUUGCUGCUAAGACAAAUCAAAACCAAAAGUCAAGGAUUCAGAAAGCUGUGAUGCUCUUUGAAGUAGAAGAGCUUGGAAGUUGGAAGAUGACUCUUAAUGGGGCGGGAGCAGAAGGACAUAACAAGUGGUCCUUGCUUCCACAGGAAUUACCAUGAGAUUAGGAAGAAGAAUGCCCCAAGGACUGUUACUACCCCUCGAGAAAUCAUUCAUCACUGGGUGGGAUCUCUUGGCCAAAUGGUUAAAACAACAGUUUCCUUUAUUGCUUCCCUAUCAGGGUCGCAAGUCCACUAAAUCAAGUACAAGACCACUCAAUAGCUUUUCUUCCUCUUAAGAGUAUACAAGGUGGAAUAUGCCAAGAUAUCAAAAUAAUAUGUGUGAGUGUUAUUUAAACUGUGGAGUAUCAACUGUAUUCUGGAUGUAUUUGUAUAAAAUAUCAUUUAGGUGUCAUUUUAAAUAUUUACAUUUUAGCAAGACCUUUAAAAACAAUUCAUGUUUCACUUUAAAGUAAAAAUUGUUGGGGCACCUGGUUGGCUUGGUUGGUAGAGUAUACGACUCUUGAUUCCAGGGUCAUGAGUUUGAGCCCCACAUUGGGCGAGAAGCCUACUUAAAAUUAAAAAAAAAAAAA